AUGGACAUUUCGUCUUUGCGAACUUUGAUUAUUGACAAUUAUGAUUCCUAUACUUUUAACUUGCUUCAACUAUGGGAUAGCGAACAAAGUGUUAGAAACGUUGUUGUAAUUAGGAAUGAUCAAUUUUCUUGGACAGAGUUUAAGAACAAUGUACUUCCUCAUUUCGACAAUAUUAUUAUAUCACCGGGGCCAGGUAGUCCGAAGAAUGCUUCU